AUGGUAGCCCACCCACCGACCAAAAUCACAAAAAAUCAGACUUACCCCUUGGAAACUAAUAGACCUCACGCAGUACAAGGCGUACUCAGACUUUAUGUGGUGCCCGACACAUACGCGGUCAGCGUUUUGAUUAAUUAUGUGAAAAGCUGCCUUGACAUGGGACCGGCUGAUUCUGUCACCGCUUUCAGUACCGAAAAAGACAUGCUGAAUAGUUACAAGAUUCAGCAAAAAAACUAUAAUGAAACCAUUAUGGCCGUGGUGUUUGACAAUAAAACGACUGAUUUUUCGACCAUCAACUUUAAAUACAAAAUACUCACAUCUGAUUCACUUCCAACAUCAAUUUACAACAGCAGAAUACCAAGCACAAGUGAUGUAUUCAGUGGCGGAUUAACAGGUUUGCAACUGUGUUUAGACGAGGCCAUAAUAAGAAUGAAAACUAGUCACCUGCAUUUGAAUUUAUAUAUGUUUACGCAACAUAUGCCAACACCAGCUCAUGUAAAAAUAGAUAUUGGAGAUGAGCUUUUCAGACAGUCGUUCAUUUUAUUUAUACUUGUGGCCUUUUUGAUUCCCUUUUGCAUAGAAACUUACUAUGCCUCGCAAGAAAAGUUUCUCGGUGUUAAUGUACUAAUGGCAAUUAAUGGCGUUCCGAACUUUUUGAAUCUGCUAAGUUGGUUGGUUACUGGGAUUCUUUUAAGUUUAUUUUACAUCAUACCGAUCGUAAUCGUGGUCAAUUUUACAUCGUCUCAUACUGCUUUGCCAUUUUUAUAUUAUGGAAAUACAUUCAUUUUACUUAUGAUACUUCUUUUCAAUAUUACGCAUUUAAUUACUUUCGGAAUGCACAUAUCUGCAUAUUUCACAAGACCUUUAUUUUUAACAACGGCUCUAAUUGUUAUUUAUUUUGGAUCGAAUUUACUACAAAAAUAUGGAGUGAAAGAAAGUGGCCACGCUGUCAUACCAUUUUUAGGAAUAUUUUUCCCAAACAUUUUACUCUUUCGAGCUUGCGAAGAAAUUAAUUAUUAUGAAACUAUCGUUAAAGGGACACACUUCAACAACAUUUUCAAAGCUGGUCACCGGGAGUACGGUACUCAAGGCAGUAUCGGAAUAGUUUUAAUAUUCUCUUUGAUUGGAGCUCUUUUCCAUUUCGCUAUGGCCUGCUAUAUUUAUAUUAUAAAUCCCGGGAAAUACGGAGCAAGACGAAAUCCAUUCUUUUUCCUCAAGUUCUUGAAAUCUAGAAAAUCGCACGAUUACGAUAAAGUUGAAAAUUUUGAAUUUCACGAUAAUUCUGACAAGCCUUUCGAAGCAGUAGCUGAAGGAAUUUACACACCAGAAAUUCAACUCAGAAAUUUGAAAAAAACUUAUAACUCGAAUGUUUGUACUCGCUCGGAAGUGCGUGCCCUCAGAGGGGUCACAGUCGAUUUUUAUCAAGGACAAAUUUCAGCUUUACUGGGUCAUAAUGGAGCAGGAAAAUCUACAAUCCUGUCGAUUAUAUCAGGUAUGACAAGUCCAACCGAGGGCUUGGUCUUGGUAAAUGGGAAAAAUAUAAGAGAUAAAAUGAACGAAAUAAUAAAUACUAUGGGAUUGUGUCCGCAAGAAAACAUGCUAUUUCCAAGCCUUACCGUUCAAGAACAACUAAAAUUUUUUGCCAGAUUGAAGAACAACAAAAAUUCGGAAGCUGAUAUGAAAAAUUCUGUUGUACUAUUGCAACAAGAACUUAAGCUUUUCGAAAAACGUCAUAGUUUACCUCAUGAAUUAUCUGGAGGGCAGAAACGUCGAUUAUGUCUUGGAAUGGCUUUAGUGGGGGGAGCAGAAAUCCUCAUUUUAGACGAACCUACUUCUGGUUUGGACCCUGAAAGUAGACGAGACGUUUGGGAUGUGCUAUUAAAAAUGAGAGGAAAGAAAACAAUAAUUUUAAGUACUCACGAUAUGGAGGAAGCAGAUAUACUCGGUGACAGAAUAGCCAUUGUACAUGGUGGUUUAUUAAGAAGCUAUGGCAAUCCGAUGUAUCUGAAAAAAUUACUGGGUCAAGGAAAUAUCGAAGUAACUCUAUCGACCGAUGGCACGUGUAAUCCUGAAAAAAUUCAUGUGGUCUUGGGCUCUCAGUGCGAAAUACUCAGCUCAGAUAGAGAAAAAAUGGUUGUCAGCUUGCCUCAAACGGCCGAUUUACCGGACCUCCUGGAUAAAGUCGAGUACAGGAAGAAAGAGCUCGGCGUCACUGGCAUGAGUGUAUCCCUGCUUACUUUAGAGCAAGUGUUUACGAAGGUAACUGCCGAUGAAGAAGAUACAACCGAUGAAACGGAAUCGUUCAUGAGCGUAGGCAAAAAACUGAACGAACAAGAUCUGUGCUUAAAUAUCAUAAUGGCUUUAUUGCGCAAGAAACUAACAUAUACUUAUAAAAAUGUAUCAAUCCUUUUAGUAAAACUAUUUUUGAUUUUGCUGCCUUUGAUAUUCAUAACGCUGAUACUGGUGGAUUAUAACCCACGCCACCCCGAUCCUCAGCCAAUACCGAUGAGAUUGGACAGAUACAACGAUCCUAGGGUCUUGUACAAAAUCGAUAAUUUCAGUAAGCCUUUUGGACGUCACUAUAGGUGGACGGUCGGGGAUUCCGGCGGUACACCUGUCGAAGUGAGGAGAGAAGAUCAUGCCUUUGAAGAAGCGCUAUUAUCUAUCGGCUCGAACGAUGCCGAGCACUACGCCUACAAUUACAUAGCCGGCGCGACGUUCAAUCGCACCAACAACAACAUCGUCACCGCGGCAUUUUACAAUCCGACUCGCGCGGCUUACUCGCUGCCGAUUUCCGUCAAUCUCUUGACCAACACCAUUCUGAAGACUUUGGUAGGCAACGAGUACAACAUUCGCUUCGCGGUGCAAGAAUUUCCAAGAGCCAGAGACGAGUCGAUGAUCAUUUUGGAAGCUAACAUGGGCGUGGUCGAAGCUUACGUGAUUGCACUUUUGCUCGUAUUUUUCUUGUUCCCGUUGACAGCUCUCUUCGUUGUUCAUCCGCUAAGAGAAAACAUCAACAACAUCAAACAGCUGCAAAGAAUGGCCGGGGCAUCGUGUUUGAAGUAUUGGGGAACGAUGUUCGCCUUCGAUUACGUUGUGUUCAUCAUGCUGAGCGUCCUUCUUGUGGUUGGAUUUAUAAUUGUCGACUGCUCAUUGGGAUUGAGAAUUUUCGGCGGAAUCGAAUUCUUUGUAUUCUUGGGCAUAUUUGUUCUGUUCGGAUUAGGCUUCUUACCUUUAGUGUACUGUUUUAGCUUUUGGAAAAGUUCUACGACAGCAGGAGUCAAGUUAUUGAGUUUAUUGCCCAUUGGAAUAAUUCUCCUCGAGCUAGUUAUGAAUGCGGUAACAUUGAUUCUAAUGGGACACUCAAAAACCAUGAACAUCAUUCGACCAAUUCAGAAGGUUCUGUUCCUCAUGGCACCUUACACUGGCUUUUUCCACGCUCAAGUAUCAUUUUUCAGUACGGCCAAAACCAACGCUAACUGCGAACGCAUGUCGUACUAUUUCAAUCCGGAGCAGCUUUGCAGGGCGACUCCUUGUUGCGAUCUACGAUGCAGCAAUGGGACUUGCAUCACACCGCUCAAGUUUCUAGAUAGUUUCAAGGAAGACAUUAGCAUGGAAGCUAGUCUCAUAAGUUUGUGCCUCACACCGAUACUGUACGUGCUCAUCCUUUGCAUGUUGGAGUUUAAGUUUAUCCCCACAAUGAUCGCUGAAAUUCGCGGAGGUAAGCCGGAUAAAAUCGACCAGAGCUUCGAGGAGCAGGUAAAGAAGACCAAGCACAAUAUCGCCCAAGAAAUAUCAAAAAUUCGCAGUGGUCAAACACCAAAACCGAUCGAAACAACUGGAGCCAAAGAAAAGGCAGAGACCAAUGGUACCACUCCUACGAACGAAGAAGCCCCACCGAACCACGUAUUUCUCGCGUACGAGUUGCGCAAACUUUACGGAAAGCUAGUCGCGGUGCAAGACGUGAGUUUCGGCGUGCGCCAAUGCGAAUGUUUCGGCUUGCUCGGAGUCAACGGAGCCGGCAAAACCACCACGUUCAAGCUCAUCACGGGCGAAGAGACGCCCAGCAACGGCAUUAUGUACCUCGGCAACAAAGAUCUGAAGCAGCACCGUUAUCACUAUUUGUCGCAGAUGGGCUACUGUCCUCAGCAAGACGCGAUGCUCGGUUCGUUGAACGCCUACGAUCAUUUGCGCUUGUUCGCUCGUUUAAGAGGUAUACCGGACGAUCAAGUCGACGCGGAAGUCAAGAAGUGGAUUGACAAAUUAGGCUUGAAUUUGUGGGCGCAUCAAGCUUGCGAUACUUACAGCGGUGGCAAUAAACGACGAUUGAACGUAGCCAUGGCUUUGAUCGGUAUUCCGAGCUUGGUUCUUAUGGACGAGCCGACGACGGGAAUUGAUCCCACUGCCAGGCGGGCCCUCUGGAACGUCAUCAAGACCUGCCAAAAUAUGGGUCAAUCUGUUAUUUUAACGUCUCAUAGCAUGGAAGAGUGCGAGGCACUGUGCAACCGAUUAGCUAUAAUGGCCGAAGGAAAACUCGUCUGCAUGGGUCCAUCCCAGGAGCUGAAACAUCGAUUCGGUGCUGGUUACAAUAUUCAGAUAAAAAUGAAUCCCGAAAAGUCCCCCGACGAAAUUGAAAAUAUUAAAAAAAGUAUAAGCGAUGCUCUGCAUUGCGAAAUCAUCGAUGAAAACAAGGGCUAUAUAAUGUACCAUGUAAUACCGAAAGACACAACUUGGAGACGUAUGUUCGACGCUUGCACCGAGGUGAAGGAUAAAUACGAAAGCGUCGAAGACUUCGCGGUCCUUUCCUCGACGCUGGAGCAGCUGUUUUUGAUGUUCGCCAAAUCCUCCAACACGAGCGUCGAGAGAGUCGAAUAAACCGACAAACUGGAUACAGCCUAAUGACCAAACUUUCGAGGAGUAUUUAAUUCAGCGCUUGUAAAAACUAUUAUUCCAAAGGCUUUCCUUUACAUAAGACUUUCUUGAUAAUUAUAAGAUUUUUAUACUUUGUCUACUAGCUACGUAAUGAUUAUAUUUAAAUGAAUUUACUUUUAAAAUGUUAUAAUUUUUAUUUGGCAUGUUAUUCGUGUAAAGCUUACGCUAUGAGUAAUAUAUUAUCAAGCACGCACAACAUUUGAAUCGAAAAAUCAAACGUACGUAGCGAAACUGUGAUUUUUAUUUCGACUCUUGAUCGUAUAGAGAAAAAAAUUCGCCACUGAAUUUUAUAUGCACGCUUGUAAUCGAUUGUGUGAGUAAGAGUAACUGACAAUAAUAGUAGCAUACUAAAUGUAAGUCUCUAUGACAUAACCGCCAUCGCGAAUAAAUGUGUGUAUGUAUAUCGUAUUUUAGAAUCAAGUAAGAUUAAUGCAACAAAAAAAUGUCAACUGCUGAUCUAAAAUUGAACUAUAUACUUGAUUCGUUGGGUCGCUUAAAUAUACAGCAUUUCUCAUAUAAGCUAGUCCAAUAUAUUUGUAAUAACAAAGUACAAUGUUUCUAAGGCCUAAUACUUUAUACUGAAUUGAACAAAUGACACCAUUCUGGAUCUAUUAUGUAAAAUGAAAUAACAAAAAAAAGAAGAAAUUUCAAACUAACAUUAUUGCUAUAUUGCACAAAAAAACUAUUGUACAACUAUAUUUUGAACUACUUGUGCUUAAGCUUAAGGAAGAUACUAUAUGAAAUUAAGAAAAAUUUCUAUAAUUCCUACAUUUCAAUCUAGUCGUGCAAA